AUGUUUGAGAAUGCUGUUCCAGCUUCUUGGCAAUCGCAAAUUCACCAGAGCGUCACUAGCACAAGGAAGAUGAGGCGAACGAUGCAGCAUGGCAUGGGAACAAUUACUUUGCAGGUCACACGUGCAGUCUGCAACGUGAUCGCCGUGACUCCAGCCAAGUCUGGCUGCAGCAUUUUAAAACCGCAGGCGGGGCAGUGCCUAGGGCUCAAGUUGGAUCCCAGGACUGCUGAAAGGAGAUGUCCCGCGGCCUCCCGCCGCAUUUUUGUGCCGAUCGUGGCAAGUUUGGUUUGCGAUGUCACGGGCUCACGGUCCUUAAGCUUCUAA